AGAUACUUAGCACAGGAAGAUUCUAGACCAUUCAUUUCUUUCAAUUAUGGCUUACCGACAAAAUUGACGAAAUUGCCCCUCUCUAGGUUUCAACGCUACCACCACCAUCACCGCCUCAAGACUCUAUAUAAACACCUUCAUCCUCCUGUAUUAUUCAUUCAUAUAUUCUCAGCCUAAUCUCAUAUCUCUCUCUUCAUUUCAUACAAGAACGAUUUUCUUUUUCUCUGCGAUUUUCAAUUGUUGAAUAUGCAGAUCUUCGUAAAAACUCUAACCGGCAAGACCAUCACCCUCGAGGUCGAGAGCUCUGACACCAUCGACAACGUCAAGGCUAAGAUCCAGGAUAAGGAAGGUAUUCCCCCGGAUCAGCAGAGGUUGAUCUUUGCCGGGAAGCAGCUUGAGGACGGACGAACCCUCGCCGAUUACAACAUUCAGAAGGAAUCCACCCUUCAUUUGGUGCUAAGGCUCCGUGGUGGCAUGCAGAUCUUCGUUAAGACUCUAACCGGGAAGACUAUCACCCUCGAGGUCGAAUCUUCCGACACCAUCGACAACGUCAAAGCUAAGAUCCAGGACAAAGAAGGGAUCCCCCCAGACCAGCAGAGGCUGAUCUUCGCCGGAAAGCAACUUGAGGACGGACGUACUCUCGCCGAUUACAACAUCCAGAAGGAAUCCACACUCCACUUGGUGCUCAGGCUCCGUGGUGGUAUGCAGAUCUUCGUUAAGACUUUGACUGGAAAGACGAUCACCCUCGAGGUCGAAUCUUCCGACACCAUCGACAACGUCAAAGCAAAGAUCCAGGACAAAGAAGGGAUCCCCCCGGACCAGCAGAGACUGAUCUUCGCCGGAAAGCAACUUGAGGACGGACGUACUCUUGCCGAUUACAACAUCCAGAAGGAAUCCACCCUCCACUUGGUGCUCAGGCUCCGUGGUGGUAUGCAGAUCUUUGUUAAGACCUUGACUGGUAAGACAAUUACUCUUGAAGUUGAAUCAUCUGACACGAUCGACAACGUCAAGGCCAAAAUCCAGGAUAAGGAGGGAAUUCCCCCAGAUCAGCAGCGUCUAAUCUUUGCCGGAAAACAACUCGAGGACGGCCGUACCCUUGCCGAUUACAACAUCCAGAAGGAGUCGACUCUCCACUUGGUGCUUCGUCUCCGUGGAGGCAUGCAGAUUUUUGUCAAGACCCUCACCGGGAAGACGAUCACCCUCGAGGUGGAGAGCUCAGACACAAUCGACAACGUUAAGGCCAAGAUUCAGGACAAGGAAGGAAUUCCCCCGGACCAGCAACGUCUGAUUUUCGCUGGAAAGCAGUUGGAGGACGGUCGCACCCUUGCUGACUACAACAUUCAGAAGGAGUCGACUCUGCACUUGGUGCUGCGUUUGAGGGGUGGUAUGCAAAUCUUCGUGAAGACCCUUACGGGCAAAACCAUCACUUUGGAGGUGGAGAGCUCUGACACAAUUGACAAUGUCAAGGCUAAAAUCCAAGACAAGGAAGGCAUCCCUCCAGACCAGCAGCGUCUCAUCUUUGCGGGGAAGCAAUUGGAGGAUGGUCGUACUCUUGCUGAUUACAACAUUCAGAAGGAGUCUACCCUCCACCUUGUUCUUCGUCUUCGUGGUGGGGAUUUCUGAAGUAGUGGAGGUUCGGUCUCUGCUUUUCGGUGUGGUGUCUUUUGAUGGGCUUGUUAUUAAUCCUUUUGCUGAACAAAGUGUUCUUUAUUUUCAGUUUUAAAGUUCUUACUUUUUAAUUUGGUCCAGUGAGACCAGUUAAUGUUAAAACUCCCGUUCUUGCCAUAAUAAAUUUAGUAUUUUGUUCACAAA